AUGAAACUUCGUCCAUAUCAAGUGAAAGCAUCGUGGCGUAAGGGCUCAGCGCACGUAUUUGCAGACGCUCUCUCACGACAUCCUGUAUCAAUCCCGACUAGUGAUGAUGAACUCGGAGAAGAUCCAGCACUGUCCUGCCGCAGUAUCCGUAUCUGUCUACUCCAAGAUGGUCCCCAGAGUCUCCAGUUCGCUAAGCUCCGUACCGCAGCAGCAUCUGAUCCUGACUACCAAAUGCAAGUACUUGUGUUUAUCAAGAACGGAUUCCCUUCAGCACAAAAGCAGCUGCCCGAGCCUCUUCGUGCGUAUUGGAACGUGCGUGAACAUUUGUCCACCGACGAUGGCAUAAUCCUGCAAGGUCUACGCAUAGUCGUCCCAGCCUCUCUGCGUGCGUCAUCGCUGAUCAACCUUGACGCAGCCCACCAAGGUCUGACCCGGACCAAACGACGUGCUCGUCAGACAGUGUAUUGGCCGGGAAUGAACAGUGAGUUAGACAUGCUAGUCCGCAGCUGUGAUGCAUGCCGCGAAUUUCAGCCGUCCCAGUCCGCUGAACCGCCCAUUUCUGACCGCAAGCCCACUUUGCCAUUCGAAAGUGUUAGUGCUGACCUUUUCAGUUGCCAAGGUUGCGAGUAUUUGGUAUUCGUCGACCGUUCAACCGGAUGGUCAUGCAUAGCCAAGCUUGGUCACUCAGCCACGUCAGCUGAGGUCCUCCGUCAUUUCCGCAAGUGGUUCUCAGAUGUAGGCGUACCACAGGUCAUAUCAACGGACGGUGGUCCUCAGUUUGCGUCUCACAGAUUUGCUGAAUUUUGUGAGCGCUGGGGAAUCCGUCAUAUCCAGUCGUCCCCUCACUACCCACAGUUGAACGGACAUGCGGAAGCAGCCGUGAAGGCAAUGAAGUACCUGGUGGAAUAG